UACCCGGGCCGGGGGUCUUCCCGCUCUGGCUGUGAAGGUGUGAGGGGACCCUUCUCCGGCGCCUUCCCUCCUGGGAGCAACCCCUCAGCGCCUGGCUUUGUGAGGGUGUCCGCGCGGGGCGGGAAGCGGGGCCGCCUCACCCAGACUCGGGAUGGGUUGCGAAAGGGCAACUGGGCCGCACUCUUCACACUAAGCCCGAAGUGCAGUCACGGUUCAGGGGUCCCCUCGCCACCUCAAGCGUUACCCCUCACCUGGCUUCGUCAGGGAGAGCGCGACCCAGCUGGGGAGCCCAGGCUGCCCCAAUAGCCGGGCCCUGGCCCUGCAGCGCCCGCCACCACAAGUGACCCUGCCUUACUAGAGCACAGGGCUGGACCCCCGUUCUGUGGCGUCUCUUGCGGGCUGUGUGACCUCGGACCAGUCCGGGUCACCUCACUUCUCCAAGCCUCGCUAUUGAUCGCGGGCAAAGCGGGCGUCAUGACGAGACCUCGGCCGCCCCGGGGUGGGUGGCAGGCGGACGGGGUGAGUGUGAGCCCGCAGGCGACCACCGGGGUAGGGCCUGCCUUCCUCCUGCUCUUCAUCACACCCCUCCUCACGGGUCCCCCUCCCCCACCCGAUGGUACCCCAGCUUUCCAGCCUCGCAGGCCCCAAACUCGGGAGUCGUCCAUGACCCCUUCCCUGCCUCUCAAUCCCUAAAGAUGGCCGGGCUCGUUCUCCCUCAGAUUAUACCAGAAUCCAACCUACCACUCCCCUAUGUCCUCACAGCUAGGGCUUCUCCCUCUGUCCCCAAAGGGAUAGACUUUAGGGACCCCCAAAACUCUAUCCUCUGCAUACUUCUCUAUCUGGCCCCCCUCUUUCUGGGCAGCAUUCCAAGUGACCAUUUUCAGCGAUCCCUCGGGGUUGGGGACCCCCGGGCUGGAUCCCCACCUGAGAUCCCUUCCCGCCCCCACCAACCACCUGUGGAGUCCGCCACCUGUGGAGCCCACCAUCUGCGCCAAUCUGCCUCUGGUCCCCAGCGGGGAUGUUGUGGUAACUAAGCACAGGUGGCUAUUGUGGUGCACUAAGUAGGGGCAUUUCCUGAGCCCAAGAACCUGGAGUUGCAUUCAAUGAGUUAAUGGGGAUGUGCUGCUAAUAAGUAACACUAAUUGAGCACCUGCUGUGUGCCCAUCCUCUUCUAACUUGCAACUUCCUUGUUCCUUAUCUUGUUAUUGUCUCCUUCACACUGCCAGGAUCUAAUCCUCACCAGCGCAGGGAUGGCUUGCUAGCCACAUCUCUCCCCUGAGCUGUGUGCUGACGACAUGGAGCUGCCUACUACAAAGUGUGGCACCAUCGACCUGGGCCUGGGCACAUGGAAGCUUACCUCCCUGGAAGACAGCCACCAUGCUGGAGCACGCCGCAGGGAUGGUGGCAAGAAGAUGCCCGAGUACAAGGCAGUGGUGGUGGGUGCAAGUGGCGUGGGCAAGAGUGCUCUGACCAUCCAGCUGAACCACCAGUGCUUUGUGGAAGACCAUGACCCCACCAUCCAGGAUUCCUACUGGAAAGAGUUGGACCUAGAGCACGGGGGCUGCGUUCUGAACGUGCUGGACACCGCAGGACAGACCAUUCAUAAGCCCCUGCGUGACCAGUGCCUGGCUGCUGGUGAUGGUGUGCUGGGCGUCUUCGCUCUUGAUGACCCCUCCUCGCUGGUCCAGCUGCAGCAGAUUCGUGAUGCUUGGGGCCCUCACCCCAGCCAGCCUCUUGUCCUUGUGGGAAACAAGUGUGAUCUCGUGACUGACACCGGAGAUACUCAUGCUGCUGCUGUAGCCCUCGCCCAGAGCUGGGGAGUACCCUUUGUGGAGACCUCAGCCAAGACCCGGCAAGGUGUGGAGGAUGCCUUUUCCCUGCUCCUCCAUGAGAUCCAGAGGGUCCAGGAAGCCAUGGCAAAGGAGGCUGUGUCGCGGUCAGGUGGGAAGCACCAUAAGACCACCUGCCGCUGUGGCUGCUCUGUGGCCUGAAGGUCUCAGUCAACAAAAGCAGACCCUCCCCUAGGUCAGGGUGAUGUUCCCUUGAUGUGAGACCCCUGAAGCAACUAGCUGCAUGGGAUACUGUCUGUACUGGAGAUGGAUGGACACCGCUUUCAUUUUCACUUGGUGAGGGGCUUUUUGUUAAUGUAGGGUGUCUAACAUUUAUGUUAUAUCAAAUUGAGAGGUCUUGUGCAAAAUUAAAUGUGUUCUUGAGUUUCAAAGCUGCCUCGAUGCCAAGUGGUGUUAUUGGGUGGGAGUGAGACUGGGUAGAAUGCUACUUGAAUUAUGAGAAUUCUUUCA